AUGAGUGUAAAAAGAUUCAUUAGUUUAGUGAAUGUGGUAAAGCUUUCCCAUGUGCCAUCUAUCUAUCUUUGCAGGCAUGAAAGAUGUCAUACUGGAGAGAAACCAUCUGAAAAUACUCAGUGUGGUAAAGCCUUUGCACAACAUAGUCGUCUCCAAAGACAUAAAAACACACAUACUGGAGAGAAACUCUGUGAAUGUAAGCCACAUGAUAAAGCCUUUACAUACGAUUCUCAGCUUCAAACUCUUGAAAGGAUUCAUAGUGGAGAAAAACCCUACAAAUAUAAUCAAUGUGGUAAAGCCUUUGAACGUCGUUGUAAUCUUGGAAGGCAUAAACUAAUACAUACUGGAAGAAAAUCCUACAAAUGCAAUCAGUGUGGUAAAGCCUUUUCACAAAACAGUCAUCUCCAAACACAUAAAAGCACACAUACUAGAGAGGAACUCUAUAAAUGUAAGCAAUGCGGUAAAGCCUUUACAUGCCAUAAUGAACUUCAAAGUCAUAAAAGGAUUCAUACUGGAGAGAAAUCCUACGAAUGCAAUCAGUGUGGUAAAGCCUUUAAAUCUCAUAGGUAUCUCCAAGUACAUAAAGCAAUACAUACUGGAGAGAAGCCCUAUGUAUGUGAUCAAUGUGGUAAAGCCUUUGCACGACUCAGUCAUCUCAAAACGCAUGGAAUAACACAUAGUGGAAAGAAGCCUUGUAAGUGUGAUCAAUGUGGUAAAGCCUUUGCAUCUCAUAGUUAUCUCCAAGUACAUAAAAGAAUACAUACUGGAGAGAAGCCCUAUGUAUGUGAUCGGUGUGGUAAAGCCUUUGCAUCUCAUAGUUAUCUCCAAGUACAUAAAAGAAUACAUACUGGAGAGAAGCCCUAUGUAUGUGAUUGGUGUGGUAAAGCCUUUGCAUCUCAUAGUUAUCUCCAAGUACAUAAAAGAAUACAUACUGGAGAGAAGCCCUAUGUAUGUGAUCGGUGUGAUAAAGCCUUUGCAUAUCAUAGUUAUCUCCAAGUACAUAAAAGAAUACAUACUGGAGAGAAGCUCUAUGAAUGUGAUCAAUGUGGUAAAGCCUUUGCAUCUCAUAGUUAUCUCCAAGUACAUAAAAAAAUACAUACUGGAGAGAAGCCCUAUGUAUGUGAUCAAUGUGGUAAAGACUUUGUAGUUCAGAGUGAUCUUAAAAGACAUAAAAGAACACAUACUGGAGAGAAACCUUACAAAUGUAAUGAAUGUGGUAAGGCCUUUGUAGGUCAGAAUGAUCUUAAAAAACAUAAAAGAAAACAUACUGGCGAGAAACCUUAUGAAUAUAAUGAAUGUGGUAAAGCCUUUGUAGGUCAGAAUAGCCUUAAAAGGCAUGAAAGAAUUCAUACUGGAGAGAAACCUUAUGAAUGUAAUGAAUGUGGUAAAGCCUUUGUAGGUCAGAGUAACCUUAAAGGGCAUGAAAGAAUUCAUGGUGGAGAGAAACCUUAUGAAUGUAAUGAAUGUGGUAAAGGCUUUGUAUGUAACGAUAGACUCCAAACACAUAAAGCAAUACAUACUGGAGUGAAACCUUAA